AUGUUCAAGUUCUUCUUUGCCCUCAGCACAUUCUUGUGUUUCUCCCUCGCCGUUGGUCCAGCUCAAGUCCCCUUGUUCAAGAUUCCCGCAGCCUUGAACCCUCAGUUGACCAAUAUCUUGGAUAAUGACACCAUCACGCUCUACUACAAUGGCUCUGGCCCAGUUCCAGGCUAUGAUGAACUGUCCCCCCUCCCAGAACCUAUCACUCCUCUCAAUCAGUCCAUGAUCGAAGAUUCAUUCUUUGAUGAACUGAUGGCAAUCCUCCCUUCCACGGCCUAUCCAGAUCCUUGUACAAAGUGUAUUGCUGCUGGACAACUGAUGCAUGUUGUUGCCAUCAGCGAGCCUGUGGACACGGUAACCAAUCUUCUCGUUCGAGUCUGCAACACGCUCGAUUUCUUUAGAGACAGCAUUCGAUCUUCAUCAUGUGAAGCACAGUUUGGCAGUCCUGGUCAAUUCGGUCCUCACCUCGCACAACUGUUCUCCAAGAUGAGUCUUACAACAGGUGAUUACCAGGCAAUAUGUUCGAUCAAGAAAUUUGGUUUGUGUGAAGAGCAGCCACCGCUCGAGAUAGAUGAAGACCUCUUUUUUGAGCCAAAACCCAAACACGCCGAUACAGCACCAGAGCCCUCCGGAGAGAUAAUCAAUGUCCUACAUCUGUCAGACUUUCAUCUUGAUCCACGCUUCGACAUCGGCUCUGAGGGAAACUGCUCACAAAAGCUAUGCUGUCGACCCUAUUCAAACAAUGUCGAGCUGGAAACUGAUUGGACAAACCCUUCAAUCCCAGCAUCACGAUUCGGUUCCUACUCUUGUGAUUCGCCCCCUGAUCUUGCCCUGUCAGCCUUCACUAGCAUGUCUGAGUUUUUCGACAUAAACAAAUUGGCCUUCACCAUUUUCACAGGAGACACUGUUUCUCAUGAUCGUGAUGAUACACUAUCAAUGCCCUAUGUUUCAUAUUCGGAAGAAACUGCAUACCACAUCUUCAAACAAUAUCUGGGUGACACACCAGUCUAUGCCACUCUUGGAAACCAUGAGACCAUUCACAAAGACUUUGUUCCCCAGCAUGUUCUCAAUCCAGACCCGACGAACACGAGUACCAAUGCUCUUGCAUGGAAUUAUGAUCUUCUUUCCUCUCUUUGGGAAAAGAACGAAUGGUUGAAUACCACCGAAGCCGCGUGGGCAAAAACACAUUAUGGUGUUUACGCCACGACAACGGCUCAAGGACUACGCGUUAUUUCUCUCAACUCGGAUUUCUGGUAUAGGGUCAAUGUUUUCAACUAUUGGAAUAUCAGCAAUCCAGACCCUACGGGUAUGUUUCGCUGGCUUUCCGACGAACUUACCAGAUGCGAAAAACAUGGUCAAAGAGCUUGGAUCAUUGCCCAUGCUCUUACGGGCCAUGAUGGUACCGCAGCGUUGCCAAAUCCUAGUGCCUUGUUUCACUCCAUUGUGCGACGGUUCUCACCUGGCACUAUUGCAGCAAUUUUCUUCGGCCACACUCAUUUGGACCAAUUUCAGAUUUUCUACGACUACUUGCCCGACUCAAUCGACUUCCUUUCAGGAAAACGAGACACUACCAAGGUUGACUUCUCUCGACCACUUGUAGUUGGUCAUGUCGGACCAAGCGUGACGCCGUUGACAGGUUUGAACGCUGGCUACAGAGUCUACCAGGUCGAUAACAAGACAUUCGAGGUACUUGGAGCGCAAACAUACUUCGCCAACAUCUCCAAUUCACUCAAGUGGACGAUGCCCGUCUGGGAGCUCGAGUAUGAUGCUCGGAGUGCAUACUCCAUUGUCGAUAAGAGCCCAUUCGGCCAGAACCCUGGUGUAGCUCGACCAGUGAACCACGGACAUAAACCUCGUGGAUCAUGGUCUAUCGAUGACGAUCUUCCCGGCUACAAUCCUCGUGUGCCGUGGCCUAUCGACUCACCGCUGAACGCAACAUUUUGGCAUCGAGUCACCGAGUCCAUGCUCGAGGAUUCCGAUUCUCCUCAAUCACUGCUCAAGCUCUAUAAUCAUUACGAAACAAAAUCCACUUCAUCAGCAUUUCAUCGCGGAUUUGUUGCCGUCUCUGCCGAGCAGAAAGUGUGCUUCUUGAGAGCUGGAACGAGUGCGGAUGGAACGCGCUGCCGCAAGUUUUAUGGUGGGGACGAUGGGGACGAUGAUGAUGGUGAUGACGAUGACCCUCUCUUCGCUCAUUUUGGAACACAUCGAACUCUUGUGUAG